UGCCUGCUUGACAGUAGUUGUCGUCAAACAGGCUAGUAGAUACCUUUGACGCCUUUUAGCUAGCUAACGUCAGUUCAUCUGGAAAAAUCGUGGAGGACAAGCUAUUUAGCGUUGAAGCCAUUUUAGUUAUCAGUGAACAGUGUAAGAUAACUGCACAAACAAACGGCAUUCAAUUGGUGGAGAGGCGUCUGACCGACCACCCCACCGAGGCCUUCUCUGCUUCAGAGUCAUUUAUCCUGAAGAUGCUUCUGCUUUGUCUAAUCACUGCUCCUCACUGCUGUUUCAGGUAGGAAGCUUGUGUGUAGACGUCACUGAGGAGGGAUGCCUGUUGAAAGUGGAAACAGCGCAGCCGCCAGACAAGCCAAGCAGAAACGCAAGUCGCAUAGCCUGUCCAUACGGCGAACUAACAGCACCGAGCAGGAUCGCCCUACGGGUCACAGAGACAUGCUGGAGGGACAGGACUCCAAGUUGCCCAUUUCUUUGAGGAGUAACCUACUGGACCUUUUUGGACAAAUAGAGCGUGAAUUUGAAAACCUCUACAUUGAAAACAUAGAAUUGCGACGAGAAAUUGAUUCACUCAAUGAACGUUUGACUGGUGAAGGACAGACGGUAGAUGGAGGAGACCUUACCAAAGGAGCUCUGAAAACCAAAGCCAGCCAUAGCACAAGCCAGCUCUCCCAGAAACUCAAGACCACAUACAAGGCUUCCACAAGCAAGAUUGUCUCCAGUUUCAAAGCCACCACAUCCCGUGCCGUUUGUCAGCUGGUGAAGGAGUAUGUGGGCCACAGAGAUGGCAUCUGGGACCUGGCCGUCACCCGCUCCCAGCCCGUUGUUCUUGGCACUGCAUCAGCAGAUCACUGUGCCAUGCUGUGGAGCAUUGAGACUGGCAAGUGUCUUCUGAAGUAUGCAGGCCAUGCAGGUUCAGUGAACUCCAUCAAGUUCCACCCCACAGAGCAAAUGGCUCUGACAGCAUCUGGGGAUCAGACAGCUCACAUCUGGCGCUACAUGGUCCAACUGCCUCUCCCUCAGCCUCCAGCAGACAUCAGCGUGUCCUGUGAUGACGACGUGGACUUCUCGGACAAGGACGAGGCGGAUCCCGAGGGCGACGGGGUGAACGAGUGCCCGACAGUGCGAGUGGCCACCACCACCCUCAAGAGCCACCAGGGUGUGGUCAUCGCUGCCGACUGGCUGGUUGGAGGGCGGCAGGUGGUCACUGCGUCCUGGGAUCGCGCGGCCAACCUGUACGAGGUGGAGACCUCGGAGCUUGUCCACACUCUCACAGGUCAUGACCAGGAGCUGACCCACUGUUGCACGCAUCCUACCCAGAGGCUGGUGGUGACCUCUUCACGAGACACCACUUUCCGCCUGUGGGACUUCAGAGACCCAUCCAUCCACUCAGUGAAUGUGUUUCAGGGGCACACCGACACGGUGACGUCAGCCGUCUUCACCGCAGGAGAUAACGUGGUGUCUGGAAGCGACGAUCGCACUGUGAAGGUGUGGGAUUUGAAGAACAUGCGGUCGCCGAUAGCCACCAUCCGUACGGAUUCAGCUGUCAACAGGAUAAGUGUCUCCGCUACGCAGAGGAUCAUCGCACUCCCACACGACAACCGACAAGUCAGGCUGUUCGACAUGACGGGAGUACGACUCGCCAGACUGCCACGCAGCAACAGACAGGGCCACCGGCGCAUGGUGUGCUGCUCCGUCUGGAACGAGGAGAACCAGGCCUGCAACCUCUUCACCUGUGGCUUCGACCGGCAAGCCAUUGGCUGGAACAUCAACAUUCCCGCCCUCCUGCAGGAGAAGUGAGCUGCCGUCGCCGCAGCGCAGGCCUGCUGAGUGCCACCCGCCGGCGUCCUCUCACCCCCCCCCCCCCCCCCCCCCCCCCCCACCUCGCAUGCUGUUCAUCCGCGCCAGGGCACAGUCCUUCUCCCCCCAACAUGCUCUCACUCACUCACUCACACACGUGAGCGAAGCCUCAUCCACAGUCUGCAGCCAAAACUGUGUGUUACGUAGGCUCAUACUAAGACAUUUAUAGUGUGUAUGUGUGUGUAUGUGUGUGUGUAUGCAUGCGCGUGCGCGCUCGUGUGUUAGAAAGGGAGUUUGUUUUCCUACAGGAUUCUUUCCAUCUCAUUUGACAUCAUCCUGUUUGGUUCUGUUACUGUUACAGUCGGAGAAUGGGAUCCUAUUCUUUACUUCCUGUAAGCUGUCUGAAGCAGACAAUGAGGAUCUAUUGUACAGCGUGUCCCGUUAUAGCUAUUCAACAUGCAUAUCUGUCUGUCCUCACCGUUUGCCAUUUACACCAGUCCUGUCCACAUGGGUGGUUUAUGAGCAGAUAUAUUGGUGAGAACAUUACAUGUCACCACAGUUCCUUUGAGAUGAAACGCUUACAUAAACAACAACAACACACUCAGACUUUGAUGUAGAUCCCUUCGGCUCUGUUGCCAUCUCUAUAGAGACGCAUGGACACUAAAAGCAAUCCAUUGUGUUACCAUAAGCAAGCACUUCAGCAAGGUUAUUUGGGCUCUGUGGUGUCUUACAGUAUGUGUAGAAUUGAUUUCUUUAUGCUGUAUUAGAAUACUUGGCCAUUAUAGGUAACAGUGCUAAUGUAUAAAGGAUCAUCUGUUGCUUAAGUGCCAGUUGGUGGAGUUUGUUCUUCUGAGCUCAGUCAAACCAAUUACAUUCAGCUGUGAAUAUAGUCUUCUGCCUUGUCUUUUGAGGAAGGUACUUCACAUAAGCCUCCUUGAGAACAGUCAAGGAAGUAACUCUUAUUUUUAGAAGGAGGCGGUGCAGUCAAGGUGUGUUAUCCUGUGAAAACAGAGCUCUAGGGCAAGACUCACCGUGCUGUUCUCGUCAGCAAGGACACAUUAGAGAGAAAGCAAUGUUUGAAAGUAAGUAAUGUUAAUAGUGUCCUCCCCAUAGUAGAAAGAGGUGUGUGUGUGUGUGUGUGUGUGUGUGGCAGUAGUUUUGGUUUGCCUUGAACAAUCAAGCCUGCAGUCUUCGGAGUUUGAGGGCAGACUUUUAGAGCAUGCUUAAAAAAAGCUGUUGGACCAAUCAUGUGCCAUCUCAUGAUCACUGCAGAGUUCCAAAUGUAGGCCGCUGUAUAGAGUGAAUGGUAUGGGAUUGGACUCGCACCGUUUAUGCUACUGUUCACACCUUGUUACACUGUGCCGGACAAGCAGUUUGAUGUUUACCAAUGUUUUAUCACUGUUGAAAUGCAAUUCAUGUAGAACUGGUCAAACACCAUAUUUCCUAUAUAGAGCUAAAGCCUUAGCCCUGGGUGUUCAACUCAAGUUAAUCAGCACAGAUUUAAAAAAUGACAUUAAAACUUGUGUGCAUGUUAGUCAGCGGUACGGUCUCUAGUUCAGGAGAGCUUUUCGCCACAGCAUUAGCAGACUGGCAGUUCAUCUGUACCGUUUCUUCUGUGUUCAUUCCACACCGAUGUUUGUCAAUGUAGAUGUUUGGAAUAAAAGGAUGUAUGUUCUCUGAUGUUUCUCAACCAUGACUGUCAAGUGCUCCACACAUCUAUCAGCAAGUCAGAUAUUCAUGUUAGAAAGCCUUUCUCUUCAACAUCGUGCUGUUAUGUUGGCAGCUUCUACAGAGCAGUGUUUUAUUUUUUAGGAUUAAUAUGCUGUAGUAUGAAGCAAAUUCACGUUUUGUCAUUGAUAUCAACUGCAGACACUGGUGACUAAAUAGUCUAACAGCCUAUUGGUUGGUGGACAGCGCACAGGUAUUUUUUCUUCAAUCUUCGCCAACAGGAAUGUGAUCUAACUAUUGUGCAUCUUAAUCUAAAUUGGGUUCGGGUGAGAGAUCUUUACAAGACCGUGUCUGAUAUUGUCAUGUGGCUGAUUUCAGUGCUUUCUGUCAUGGCAUCGUUUUCUGAGCCAGAAUAUCAGAGAAUCAACCUCCAAUUCAGACUCUUAAUUUGUAGCAUUAUGGUAAUACCAGUAGUCUCCACACAAAUAACACCAGUCUCCAGUUUUUCUAUUGUAAACUUAUGUUUUGAUGUAUGUGAGAAACGUGAAGAUGUAUGUUGUGGGAAACCUUGAUGGUAAAAAAAUGUAAAUAUGUUAACCGAGCCUCAUAAAAUGAGUGGUUGUUUUGGAUGUAUCUGAAGUCAAUUAAAAAAAUAUAUAUACAUAUUAACUGUUUUACGAGCUGAAUGUUGUACACGUGUGCAAACAGUGGCUUGUAAAUUCCAAUAAAAUGUUUGCUUUUUGGACUGAGAUAAGAGGUCAUCAUACCUGCAACAAUUAAAAUGACAAAUGUUGCUUUUGGUGUGCCAGUAAUACUGCAUUUCAACCACAUUUAACAAA